AUGUUUGAGGUCAUGAAAGAUGAAUGGUAUAAAAUUCCAAAUAGUUUUAUUAACAAUUUAAUAUCACCUAUGACCCGUAGAAGUGCCCAAACUGAUUUCGAUCAACAACUUGAAGAUGCUGGCGACAAAUUGGUUGUUGUCGAUUUCUUCGCCGUCUGGUGUGGCCCAUGUAAAAUGAUUUCACCUAAAUUGGAAGAAUUGGCCAAGGAACAUUCGGAAAAGGUUGUGGUUAUUAAGGUUGAUGUCGAUGAAUGCGAAGAAAUUGCUAUGGAGUACAAUGUUUCCAGCAUGCCAACCUUCCUUUUCAUCAAGAACAAACAAGUUAAGGAGCAAUUUGCUGGUGCAAAUGCUGAAAAAUUGGCAUCUUACAUAGAGAGAUUGGCAUAAAAUGUUAUUACACAAAA